GAACUAGAAGUCAAAUCCUGCACGCUUCCCAUUUCUGUGUAUUGAAUUGGCUGUAAUUUUCAAAGGACAUGAACCUUGAAGAGGGACAAGUGUAGUCUCUUGAUGAUAAAUGUGUUGACUGUCACCUUGCAAAACCCAGAUUACCAUAACAGGUGCAAAAUCUGAUCGGUGAAGAUAAGAAAAUGGAGACCAUGGGAAAUCUUCUAAUCCUGUUUACAGCUUCUUUAUGCCUCUACCUUUUCGUUGCUUUGCUCAAUGUUUUCUACAAGUAUUGCUGGAUACCUCAACGGGUACAGUUCAUCAUGAAUUCACAAGGAAUCAGAGGACCUCCUUAUGAAUUUAUCCAUGGAAACAACAAAGAAGCUGCCCAAAUGCUCAUGGAAGCAUCUACCAAACCUAUGGCCUUGACACACGAUAUAUUUCCCAGAGUCAUGCCUCAUGUUUACUCCUGGAUCAACAAAUACGGGAAGACUUAUCUUAGUUGGAAUGGAAUUCGAGCUCAACUGCUAAUUACAGACCCAGAUCUAGUCAAAGAGGUCCUUAAAAACAGUGACAAAGCUUUUCGAAAGCCAAAGGCUUCAUAUUUCUUCGACAAGCUACUAGGCGAUGGGCUUGCUUCAACCGAACGUGAGAAAUGGGCAAGGCAAAGGAAACUGGCCAAUUAUGCCUUUCAUGGGGAGAGCUUAAAAAAUAUGACUCCAGCAGUAGUUGCUAGCGUUGAAACCAUGCUUGAGAAAUGGAAAAGUAAGGAGGGCAAAGAGAUAGAAGUGUUCCAAGAGUUCAGAUUAUUGACUUCAGAAGUGAUAUCCAGAACCGCCUUUGGUAGCAGUUACUUGGAAGGGGAGAAGAUUUUUGACAUGCUGAUGAAGUUGUCAGUAAUUGCAGGCAGAAAUAUUUUUAAAGCAAAGAUUCCCAUCAUCAGCAAGUUUUGGAAACCUGCUGAUGAAAUUGAAUCAGAAAGAAUUGCCAAAAUGAUACAUGAUUCUGUGAUGAGGAUUGUUAAAAAAAGGGAAGAGAGAGUAGUGAACGGAGAAGCUGAUAACUUUGGUCGUGAUUUUCUGGGAUUACUUGUAAAUGCUUAUCAUGAGGCGGACCAGAAAAACAAGCUUUCGAUUCAAGAUAUGGUAGAUGAGUGUAAAACUUUUUAUUUUGCUGGGCAAGAAACAGUCAAUUCCUUGCUUGCAUGGGCAACUCUGCUUUUAGCAAUACACACCGAUUGGCAAGACAAAGCAAGAGCAGAGGUGAUUGAGGUCUUUGGUAAUCAAAACCCAGAUUCUGAAGGGAUGGCUAAAUUAAAGACGAUUACCAUGAUUAUCAAUGAAACUUUACGGCUCUAUCCUCCUAUAAGUGGCGUGACAAGAGAAGUAGGAAGAGAAGUCCAAUUAGGAAAACUUGUCCUGCCUACUCAUUCAGAGGUCGACAUGCGAAUCAUAGCACUUCACCAUGACCCUGACUUAUGGGGAGAUGAUGUUAAUCUUUUCAAACCAGAGAGGUUUGCUGAUGGGAUAGCGAAAGCUACUAAGUACAAUGCAGCUGCAUUUAUGCCUUUUGGAUUGGGAUCUCGAUCUUGCGUUGGCAUGAGCUUUGCAAUCACCGAAGCGAAAACUGCACUUUCCAUGAUUCUGCAACGCUACACUGUCACCGUCUCCCCUACCUAUGUUCACGCUCCUGUACCACGUCUUACACUCAAGCCACAACAUGGGAUGCAGUUGUUGUUUCAUUCACUACAUUAUGAUGCUUAAAAUUCUAGGUUGUUGGUCUCCAAUAUAGUAAUAUAUGAUAAAAUGUGGAUGAUACUGUAUUUUGCAACCAUACAAUGAUAAAUGGUUUGGGGAUUUCAUGUUUUGGCAACAA